AUAAAGCAAUAUAUUGCUAUGUUACACAUUUGUUAUAUUUUAACAGCUGUAUUUGAACAUCAUUAUAUUACAAAGGAAAUCAAUCUACAGUAUAUGGAUUUUAUUAUUCAUUUAAAUACAUUUCUCUGAGAAGUUUCUGUACAUUUCACAGGUUUCAUCAUACUCUCAAAGGAGUCCGAUUCCAAAUGGUUAAGAAUUGUUUUCAGAAGAAAGGCAAACUAAACACGUGAACUAAAUUCUAGCAGUUUUGCCUUUAAGAGCAUCUAGACUUUGACUUGGGUGGAGUUAAAAAGGAAUAGCCGGAAUGCACUUGCUCCUGGCACCUAUGUACUAUUUUGCAUAAGAUCUUCCUGUCCAGCGUCCACACGAAACGCGCAAACAGCCACCGAGAUGGAUUCUUUGUCGAUUUUAUUACAAUUCUGAAGCACACACAAAUGUUAGGGAGGAAACCCAUACAUUACAGACUCCUCCCGUCAACCUGGCAUAAAACUUAGGAAAAGUGCUGUUAGUUUGGGGGAUGGCGAGGAGAGGUCAAAAUGCGUGUACGCGCGCGGGCGUCAAGCGCAAUGGGUAGCCUCCCGCGUGCCACCGUCCCCUCAGUUUGAAGGAUGAGGCGUGCUCCCCCUCCCGCACGCGCUUUUUUGGCGCAAAAGACGCUAGCGCCCCCGCCUGUCUUUUCCGCCCCUGCCCUCCCAAAGAGCAGGGAGGGGCCACGCGGAGCCGCGCGCAUCUCUCGGCUCCUCCAGCCCUCGCCGCCGCUCUCAACAUAGAAGCCUCGGAGACGCAGGCAAAGCCGCCGCAGCGGUAGCGCCCGAGUUGCCUUAGCAUGCUCGCCUCUCAGCACCGGCGGCGACGGGUACUUGCUGCAGCCAUCCGGCAGAAGCACGACCAGCAGCUGCUGCCUUUCUUCCCGGGUCUUUAACGCCUGGCUUGCUUCUCUUCUACUGCCGCCACCGCCUCCAGUACCUCCUUCUCCGGGUGGGGCGAUUGUGCAUUAACCGGGCGGCUACACUGACACCCCAGCUGCUCUCUUUUUCGUGCUUAUUCUGAAUAUGAAUGCCAGAGAUGGGAAAUUAUAAUUCUGAGUCUGUGGUUUGCCAGUGUAACUGCCAGCAGCCGAACCAGCAAAACCAGAGGGAGGGAUGCUACCAGUGGACAUGCCCCUUAAUCAUCUAAAGCACAUAUGCUUUGCUGUGACUCUUCUGUUUCCUCUGGACCGCUCGAUCUCUGUGAAGGAAAAACACCUUCUUUAAUUUGGCUGCUUUCUGUGUUGCUGGCUGCAAAGCUUCCAAAAUGCACAUUUCGUCUCCCACCUGUCUCACGGUUGCUGCUUUUAUAGGCAACUCUGCCGUGGUGGUCCUGGGGAGAAGACUCACACAGGAGGGAAGAAAAGCAGCUAGAUGCUUGCAAUUUUUCUCAACAGCCUGGUUUUCCGCAGCUUUGGAGAUCAUGUUUUAUUUCUUUUCAUAAAAUCUUUAAGGCACCGAGGAAUUGUCACAAACAUUGCCAUGAAACCCAAUCUGAAACAAUGGAAACAAGUAAUGCUGUUUGGAAUAUUUGCCUGGGGGCUCCUGUUCCUAUUUAUCUUCAUAUAUUUCACAGAUAGCAACACCACAGAUGCAGUUCCUAGUUCCUUCUCAUAUGUUGAGACUAAAAGACUCUUGCCUAUUCAAGGCAAACAGAGGGUUAUCAUGGGAGCAAUUCACGACACACCCUUCUCCGAAACAGUCAAUGAGAUGCUCUUUAAGAAAGAUGUCUUAGAUUCAUUUAAGUCAGAGACUGGGAAUAUUAAAAAGUGGACUGGCUUAGAUAACAGUUUUGAAAGUGAAGAAUUUUUUCCUUCUCAGUUAAGAAGAAAAUCCAAAAGCAAUUUUCAUCAGAGGAGCGGUGAUUAUUUAUUUGCUGCUGGUCAGCCUCAGUUAUCAAAUAAUGUUCAGCGAAUAGUGAAAUUAAACUCUGCACAGGGAGAGGUUCAGAAGAGGAAUAUUUUACAGAAUACUUGGUUCCCUCAAAAGAAGAUAAAGAAAAGACACAUAAAUCACAGAAGAAGAGAACUAGUUGAAGAGUCUCAUGAAUGGAAUGAAAUCUAUUCCACAAUGUCAAAAUCGUUCCUGUUCAGGCUUUGGCGGGGGGAUGUCUCCUCCAAGAUGCUGAAUCCUCGCCUUCAGAAAGCAAUGAAAGAUUACUUGAAUGCCAAUAAGCAUGGGGUGAAAUUCAGAGGGAAGCAAAACUCCCAACUGACUUCAGAACAGCUCUUCUGUGAGCUAAAGGCACAUGCAAACAUCAGAACCAUUGAUGGCGAGGAAGCUCCUUUUUCAGUCCUUGGUUGGAAAAAACACGUCCCUCAAACCUCACUGAAUAAAUUAUAUCCUCGUGGAUUUGGAAGCUGUGCUGUCGUAAUGUCUGCUGGUGCCAUACUGAACUCUUCUCUGGGGCAUGAAAUAGAUUCUCAUGAUGCAGUUCUGAGAUUCAAUUCUGCUCCAACAAAAGGCUAUGAAAAAGAUGUUGGAAAUAAAACCACAAUGCGCAUCAUUAAUUCCCAGAUUCUUACUAAUCCUAAUUAUCAUUUCGUCGAUAACACCUUGUAUAAAGAUGUUAUUUUAGUGGCUUGGGAUCCUGCUCCUUAUUCUUCAAAUCUGGAUAAGUGGUAUAGGAAUCCAGACUACAACCUGUUUACUCCAUAUGUACAGCACCGCAGUAAAAAUCCAAACCAGCCAUUCUACAUUCUUCAUCCAAAAUUUAUAUGGCAGCUCUGGGAUAUUAUUCAGGAGAACACUAAAGAGAAGAUACAGCCCAACCCUCCUUCUUCAGGUUUCAUUGGGAUUUUCAUCAUGAUGUCCAUGUGCAGUGAAGUCCAUGUCUACGAAUAUAUUCCCUCCAUCCGACAAACUGAUCUUUGCCACUACCAUGAACUCUACCAUGAUGCAGCUUGUACCUUGGGGGCUUAUCACCCUUUGCUUUAUGAGAAACUGCUGGUGCAGAGGAUGAACACAGGAAUCAAGGAGGAUUUGUAUCGGAAAGGGAAAGUGAUUUUACCAGGGUUUAGGUCAGUGAGAUGCCGACGACGAUUCUGGUUCCCAUAAGAAUGAUACAUUUCUCAAACAGUGUGCAAUAAGGUGCUAUAGUCAGACUGAUAAAUAGCAGAAAUACUUGAAAAAUUGAUCCUAGACUAACCAGUGUUAAAUCUACAAUGUGUAGUUAAGUAGCAGGCAUGAUAGAAAUUCUUGUUUCUAGGGCCACAUUUUUUCUUUGCAAGGUUUUUUUUAAAGAUGUAGCUUUUUGAGAAAUGCAAAAUAUAGUGAAAAUAAAUUUGAGUAUUUAUGUGUGGUCUGCCAGAAAACAUCAAACAUUUCUACUUACAUGUGUCAGAUUAAAGCCUUUUAAUGAAGCAUAGUAUUAGUUUAUUGUAAUACAAUAAAACAAUUCUUAGAACAAAAAUAAAAAUGGAAUGAUAGCGAAAAGUUCAUAGCCUAGGAUUUCUAUCCUUUCCCUCUUCUAAAAAAUUAAAAAAGAACAAUCAAAAAGAACAAAAACUGGAUGUGUAUUUAAUACAAUGAGCCAUAUUUUUUGUUAUUUAUGCUAGAAUAUGGCAUCCCAAUCUUACAGGUAUUUGUGCUAGUCUAUUUUCAAAUGCAUUGAGACUCUAUUUGAUUAAAUAUAUAGAUAGAUUUAUAGAUAGAUAGAAAAGAGUGACAAGAGAGAAACUACCUAUUAUUUCAGAAAACAGUUUAUUAUUUUGACCUAAUGCAUUAGCCAAAAAACUCUCUAAAAAUCCGCAGGGGCAAAAACACCCUGCACAGUGGAAAAGAACAUGGUUUGUGUGCAGGAGAUUCCAAGUUAAAUUCCAGCAUCUCCAGCUAAGGCUAAGAAAAAAAAUUUCAACCAUUGCCAAUAAGUAUUGGAUUAGAUGGAUCAGAGAAUGGUGAAGUGGGUUGCUUGCUGUGAAGCAUUUUACACCAUUUGACAAAUAUUCAAGUGCUGCUUUUACCUUUGAUCAUUUGUCUAGGUUCCGAACAGGGGAAAUAGAUAUAGAAACUGAUACUGAUAUGGAUCAUUGGAAAAUGUUUAUUUCAACAAACUAUAUCUAAUCAAUCAUCCAUUUUUAUUCCAAAAACAAACAAGUUGAUGCCUCAGGGAAGUUCAGAUGCAGAGCUUAAAGAUUAUAGGCUCCUAUGGAGAUAGAGACUUCCUCUGAAUCCAAUAUUUGGGCAUUAACUAACCAUUUUCUUAAAUAUGAAGAUCUAUUGAGCUGCCUGGCCUAAUUGCAAGUAAAUAUUUGGCAUUACCAAAAAUAUGUACUUUGUACCCUGACUAAAAUUGUAACUUUUUAAAAAUUAGUUUGGGUCAAGAUGAACAAAGUUGGGGUUUCAGAACUACAUAAGAAACACUUUUUAAAAAAGCUGGAAACACUACUAUGUAUUAACUAAAAUAAUUUACAUAGUACACAUUAUUAUGGUAUGUGCUGAAUCAUAAGCAGGCCUGAUUAAAAAAAAUGACCAACUAUACAUUCUUUUCUUUAGAUGAACUCUUUUUAAUAUGUGCACUCAGCUGGGUUUGGGGAAAAAUUCCAUUUGUGUGCACCUGCUGGUUUUUACCAAUAAUCAGACAAAGCAUACUUUAUUAUUUAAAAAACUAUAAUUUGAUACAUGGCAGUAUACCUUGAGCAGUCAGUUUAACCAAGUGUCAUUUGAUAUUCCUUCAAGGAUUUUUAUUCAGUGCAUAGUGCCAAAUGGACUUUUCCCAAGUAUUGGUUGUUUUCCAAAUACGGACUAGCACAAACUUAUGGAUGCCAAGAUCCUAUUUUUCAACUAAACUUUGUUUCUUAUCUCACUUUUUCAAAUAUUCCAGUGCAACAACUUCUACAAUUUAAGUUGUGGUUGUUUAUUCUAUCAAUUACAAUAGCCUUAGGCUGUAAAGUUUAGAAAUAUAUGCAUAUUUUUGGCUCUUAUUUUGAGAUUAUUGGUUUUACAAGAGAAAUGUAAAUGUAUGUAUUUUAGUCCUAUGUAAUCUGAGGGAAGAAAUACGAGAAAAAGAAUAGGAAGAUAGUAGUACGCCACUCUCUUCUUCCUCAUUCUAUCUUACUAAUUCUUAAAAUGUUGUGAAUAGCAGAAUGAAUAAUAGAUUAUUGGAAGUUUAUUUCUUUUGAGACAGUAAAUGAAUGUGAACUAAAUGUUAAAUAGAAUGUGUAUAGUUUUAGGUCAUCUUACUAUAUAUACAAAGAGGGGGGAGAGAGCAGAGUGCACAUGCAUUUUGGUUUAUCUAUAAAUACUGCAUUAUUAACAUUUGUACUGUAAUUUAGUCAAAAAUCUCACAAACGCAUGUAAAUUCUAUUUAAGAGUUUGCUUUAUUUGCUGCUUUAAAAAGCAAAUACAGGUAGCCCUUGACUUACAGCCACAACUGAACCCAACAUUUCCGCUGCUGAGCAAGGCAGUUGUUAAGUAAGUCAUGUCCCAUUUUAUGACCUUUUUUGCCAUGCUUGUUAAAUGAAUUGCUACAGUUAAGUGAAUCAUGUACUUGUUAAGCAAAUUUGGCUUCCCUCAUUGACUUGCAAAUGACAGUCCCAGGAUCCUGGGUAACUGCAACCCUCAUAAAUACAGGCUAGUUGCCAAGCGCCUGAAGUUUUAUUGGGUGACUGUGGGAAUGUUGCAAUGGUCAUAAGUGUGAGAACUGGUCAUAAAUCACUUUUUCAGUGCCAUUGUAACUUUGGUCAUUAAAUGAAUGAUUGUAGGUCAAGAUCUACCUGUAAUGUUUUUUAAAAGGUAGGAAUUGAUUGGAAAGGUAAGUUUCAGUUGACACAAAGACACUUAUAGCCUCACUCAUCUCUGUAUUGAUAUCGAUACAGGUGAAAAGCUGCACUCAAUUCUUUUGGUAAAUGAUUCAUUUUCUGUUAUUUUAUAACCUAUACUUUUCACUGUGAAUUUUUUAAUGUGGUGCUCUCGAUUUUUUAUAAAUAAUGCCUUCAAAUGGUGAAACUGAAAUGUUUUUUAUGUAUAUUGCAGGGAAUUAACUAUUAAGCCAAUUUUUCACUGCUAGACAAAAACAAUAUUCAUUAAAUUGUAUUCUUCUAAUCUUAUAUGUAAUUUGAAGGCAUAUUUAAGCUAACAUUGGUCUUCCCAUUAGUCUUGCUUUCUGAAAUCUUGUUUUUUUUUAUCAUAGUUUAUAUCCAACAUCUGUGCUCUGAUUCUACCAGAGCACUUUAAAAGAGUAGAACCCACUUUAGAAGUAGAAUCCAGUUUCCUAUGAAUUUCAGCUUUUAUGAUGUUAAAAGAUAAAGAGUUCUUACGUUCAAGAUUAGACCUUCAAGGUAUAUUGAAAGUAGGAUCGCAGUUUGUUGGAAUUUUAGAAGACAAGGAUGUCCAGAUAAGAUUUUUCAGUGGUUUGGGAGAGGAAUUGUGUGCUCUGUGUGGUUUUCACAGAACCCACAAUGUUGCUUAGUUAAGUCUCUGAUUCAAUUUCUCUGAUGAAACCUGAGUUGCCUUGAACUCUGAAAAUUUAAUUAUUUUUAAUAAUGAGUACAAAUAGCCCUAUUCCUAUAUAAACAAUGCCUUCUUAUGAAUGUGUAAUCAGCAGAAAGUUUUCCUGGGUUUAGUUCUAAAGAUAAUAUUCUAGUACUCUCAAAAGGAUUUACUUUCAAAUAGAAAGUUAAUCUUAAUUUUAAGGCAAUUACAAAAAUUGAAAGAUAAAUAUUUAGUAUCAUUUCAGUUAUAUAAUAGUGGGAUUAGUAUAGAACAAUGAUGGCGAACCUUUUAGAGACCGAGUGCCCAAACUGCAACCCAAAACCCACAUGCAUCGUCUGGUGCUGGGU